AUCUCUCUCUCUCCCAUCAAUUCUUGUUAUAUUUACCAAAAGAAUUGUUUUAUUUAACAUAAUUUUAUUAGACUAAAAAUAAUUUAUUUACCAUAUGAAUUGCAAUUGAUACCACGACGAUUGAAAAUGCUAUUCAUCACAUUGAGAUAUUAUAAUUACUAAUUAGGUUAUAGAUAUGUCCGUAUAGUUUAAUUGGAGUAAUAGUCAGAACAAAAUGAGCAACUGGGCAAGAAGAAUGCACCGUCGAGCAGCUACAUUAAGUAAUGUGGUUACGUCUUGCGGACAUCCUAAUUCAUUGCCAUAUCCGCGGAGACUAGAGAAAGUGAAAUUUGGUGCACCUUUGCACGAAGUUUGUAAGGAUGAUAUACCUGGGCCAUUGCUUGUGCUGAUACUUAAGUUAAACAAGGAGGCACCCCUUCGUCGCGACGUAUUCCGGGCGCCUGGUCAUCAGGGCGCUAUGAAAAAGCUAAUACAUUUCUUGCAAACCGGCAGACUUGUCAACGUGGAUAAUUAUUCAGUGUACACAAUUGCUAGUGUUCUUAAAAAGUUUUUGAGAAAAAUUCCUGGUGGAGUAUUUGGUCGAGAUGGUGAGAUGCAGUUAUUCUCUGCUGUGGAAUUACCAGAAGAACAGCAAGUUACUGAGAUACGCAGAUUACUGAUGUCGCUGCCCGUUUGCACGCAGAAGUUGUUAGUGCUUCUAUUCGGCACCUUCCGAGUGAUGGCUUCCAAUGCUGAUAAAGCUGGUACAGGUAUGACAUCUGAGGCUUUGGGCGUGUCGGUGGCACCAUCGUUUUUCCACUCUUGCGUGUCGGACGGCAAGACUGCCACAAUGGAGGACGUGCAGCGGUUCAAGGUGGCCACACGUAUCAUGCGGCAGUUGAUCGAGCAGUUCAGCGCAGGCGAUCUAUUCGGCAGAGAAAACUACGAGUAUUAUGCGCGUGUAACGGGACGCAUACUGCGUGUAAAAGACGAAUGGAUAUGCUCGUUUAGGGAUCCGCCGCCGCCUCGUCACCAUAGGGACCAAGAGGCCUAUGCUAGACAAUUAUCUUUAGAAGCGGAAAAAACUUGGUUGCAGUGUGAAUGUGAUAGAUGGGGAAACAAAUUCAACUUAGAAGGUCUUACAAAGUCUGAGGAGUGCCAGUCGAUGCCGGCGCUGAUGGGCGUGGUGGGUGUGGGCGGCGGAGCGGCCGGUGGAGUGCUCGGGCUCGGGAUCAUUCCCGAGCACAGCCUGCUCGACUCGUGCACGCGCCUCUCUAUCUCACUCGAGGAGAGCGUCUUCAAGGUAUCCGUCAGCUCGUCGUCUCAGUCAUCUCGCAGUAAUUCCAGCCCGCACAUGACACUAGAGGAACUGCGGGCUAUCAACAAGUAUGCCGAGAGCACUAAGAGUCUCUCCUACUUGCCCCAGGUGCACGAGCGGCAGCGCGCGCGCAUGCGCACGCGGUCGGAGUGGUUCCUGCAGCCGGCCGGGUCGCUGGACGCGGCCCGCGCGCGCGCCGGUGGCGAGCGUCGCAGCUCGCGGCGCCGGUCGCGGCGGGCUCGCGUGUGCUCGGGCGUCGGCGGCGCCGCUUGCCGCGCCCUCACUCACUCCGACACUGAAAUCCCGCUCGCUCUCCAGUCUCGUAAAGUGACCGCCUGACACUCCCACCAGGCCAUUCCGCACUCACCCCUCGGCGCUCGGUAACUCCACACCGCAGACUUUAGGCGGACCAUGUAAAUAGUCAUGCGUCUAGACGUUGACUCGGGUUCGUUCGAUUUCUAAUUUAUACAGUGUCAUUAGCCUUGAUGUUUGGUAUAUUAUUGUAGUUAUUGAUUGAGUAAACAUAAAAUUAAAGGAAAUAAAAUUUUUAUGUAAUUAUUUCCACAUACAAAUUUUCUAUUAUAAGUUAUAUAUUGAAAAUCUUAAAGUAUUGAAAUAUUAAAUAUGUAACGUAUUUCGAAUCUAUCAAUUUUAUAGGGUUGAUUUGUGCAUUUUUUUGUAUUUUGAACUUACCACGAGUGACGAGUACCUAUAUGUUUGGUAUAAUACGUGUACAUAACGAGAACGCCUAAAGUCUGCUUAUUCGUAACGAAUAUGUUACUAUAAAUUAAGACACGACCCCUAUAAUGGCACUAGUUAGUAUAAAUUACUAAAUUUUACGUUAAUAAACUACUUAAUGGCUAUAAUAUCUAGCGUUAAAGAGUAUAUUUUGAAACAACGACUUAUUAAUGUAGGGGAUGUGUGAGUUUUUCUUGAUGCCAUUUAUAGCGUUUUUGUAAUUUAUCAUAGGAUAGCAUGAUGUCGUAGUUUUUCCCAUCACGAUAUAACAAGAAAGUAAAAUGUAUGUAAUUUGCCUAUGAUAAACGUAAUACGACGACUAUUGGAUAAUUGUUUACAUCAACGAUAAAUUAUAAAAGCGCCAACAUAAAUUCUGUCUGUUAUGAAUGUUUCAAUAAGCACCCAAUAUUUAUGCAUUAUUGUAUUUUGCCAAGAAUAAUCUGCAUUAUCUGUAAAAUUGCAAUAUUAAAAGGUUUCGAAAAAAAAAUAUUAAAUAAACUUCUGUUAAUUCUCGUCUGAAACAAAACCAUUUAAUAGAUAAGCUCUUCUUCUCACCAAAAAUGUUGUUAAUUGUGUUUAACAAAAUUUUUGGUAAGAAAAUAAUAUCAAAUCCAAAAAAUGUAUUUAAGUAGCUAAUUUUCACCAUAAUUUCGUUUUCUGUUGUAGUUUCGAUGCCCAAACUGAUACUUAAUAUUAUACUGAUUUUUCUCCAAAUGUAAAGAAAUUCAUAAUCAGUUAUUACUAUAUCACAAUUUUAACGGAUAAUACAGAUGUGUCAUUAAACUGCAUGAUCGAUACACACUAUUAAUACGUAAAGCUAUUCUGUAAAAAAUUACAACUUGACCACAGCGACACGUGACGUAUAAAUGCAGCAUCACAAUACGUUUCUUUUCGCUGUUAAUUUUCUUAAUAAAUGUAUUACGUAUAAAUACAGGGUUAAUCCUAAAGGGUAUACCAAGCCGAGUCAGUGAUAGCAUACCAAGAAAUAAACUAAUAGUCUCUAAAAACUAAUAUAAACAUUUUUGAAUAAUUUACAAUAAUCUUUAUAAUCUGUGUCGUCACGUGAUCAAUUUAAUAUUUUAAUAAAAAUAAUAUUUUAUUUCUUGAUAAACUUUCACCAAGAAAGUUCAGUGUCAUGGGUAUUCUAUCGCCUUGACAGAAUACUCAUUACACUUGGGAAGGAUAUACUCUUUACGAUUACCUACCGCCACGGUCAAUCGUGGCUAGGUUGCAAGCAUUAGGUCUCUUGUGACAUACUAAACAACUGUAAUGUAAACAGUUGUUUAGUAUGUAAUGAAAAUUCUAAUCAAAAUACAUGCUCUCUAUUUUUUGUACCUAGCUUGGAUAACGAAUUUUAAAUUUAAUACUUUUGUCUGACUUAACUUUUUAUACUUUUGUCUAUAAUAUACUAUACGAUUGAAUAUUUGUCGUAUGAGUAUUAUACAUGUUUAGUAUUUUAUAUCCAGUUUAUUAAAUAACAUAAAUUCUGACUCGAGUAUUUAUAUAGUAUUGCUAGGUUCGUUCUUUAAACUAUUAUUAGUGUGUCGAAGCUUUAUGUAAAUCUGAAUGUGUGCCAUGAAUUUAAUGAUGCAGCAGCAGCUUGUAAUCAGAAGGUAAACUUAUGUAACAAAAACAAUGGCCCAUAUAUGUAAAGGCAGUAGCUCGAAAGUUCCGGUGCAGUGCGUUAGAAUGCGGAAUUUUACUAAUAUAUUUAACAUUAGAAAUAACGCACCGCGUCAAAUUGCAACGUAUCGUAAGUAUCGAGAGACUACCUUAAGGUACUAUUAUUUGAGCUUUACUAAGUUUAUAUAUAAUAAUAAUUUUAAAUAAUUCACGACUAUUCCCAAUACUUACAAUGCUUAAGCAAUCAUUAAACAUGCAUUUAUAGGGAUAACCAAAUCAUUUCCAAAAUUUACUGAGAUAAUUUAUCACAAAAAGAUUUCUUGAUACAUAACUCUCUGAAUUGCCUGUUGUAUUAAUAUAUUAAUAAACUUUUGUGGAGAUUUUACAAUGAUUUAGAAAAUUGUAGCAGUAUAAAAUUCAUAUUAGUAUUUAUGUUUUAAGUAGUGCAAUACGUUUAGAUUUUAUUUUAAAUAAAAUACAUAUUACUCUACUUACAAAUUAACAAUUCAAAUUAAGCCAUCUUUUGUGGUAAGAGUUGUCAGGGUUGAAUGAUAUGACGCUCAAAUAAAAUCAGUUGCGGUGUAAUUUCGUCGUCGUUAGUAAUACAAUUAAAAUACAUUCCUGUAAAUAAAUAUUAUUAGCCUUAUUAUAUUCAUAGUACGAAUUAAUAGCUAUAAUAGUUUCUUAUUAUCUAAAUUUAUUUGAUAGGAGUAGUUUACUAUUUAUACUAGGUUUAUAGAAGUGAUCUUUAAGUUUUUUCCUUUGCAUUUCUUUCUACCUCACUUUCAACCGGUAGAUGCUCAUAUUCUAUAUACGUUAUCAUCACAAAAACACUUCAUAUACCCAUGUCGUGAAUGCCAAAUUGUAAUGCAAUGGGAUUAUAACAUGUGAUCUCGCCAAAUUAGCCAGGAUUUUUAAGACUGAGAUAUCUUUCUACAUUUUUUUAAACAACAACCUUUUAGGAUGAUUCUUUAUAAUAUUUGAAUAAAAUGUUACAUUCUGAUCUAUCUUGUCUAUUAUUGGAUAGUACAAAUUCAUUCAAUCAAGUUGUCGAUUAAAAUGUUUGUCUGUUUAUUAUCACGUAACAAUAAAUCUGUAUGAAUGCAAAAUAUAUUAUAGGGUGCUAUUAAAAUCUCUUAUGAGUAUAGUUAUGUUGUUCAAUACGAAAUUUAUGUAUUAUUUUGUUUGUCAAACCUUUUGUAUUUGGUAUAAGUGAUAAUCACAAUUUUUAAAUAUUUAGAAGUGUCAGUUAUAGUUGUUAUCUGUAAAUAUAGUUUUGAAGGUUAUUAUAACCGUAACACGUGAAUGGAACAUGUUUUUAUGCACACUGGUUCGCACAUUGUUUCAUUAUAUUAUGCUAUAAGUUCAUAUAUUUAAGACUGUUUUAGAUUAGUAAAUUCAAUGCAAGUCGGACGGUGUUUAAUUAUUACAAUGUUGCGUACAUUAUAACUGUAUUACAAUAAUUACGUGGCUAUAACAUUAUAUCUUAGCUAAUAUUUUGUAGACGUGAGGAGGCAGCUCAAUAUAGCUUUUUUCUAUGUGUAUUAUAGUAUAGUAUAAAUUAAUAGGCUACAUAGCCAUACAGAGUACCUAAAUAAGAGUUAUUUCCAUGUCGUGGAUGCUAUCAAAUCUAUUAGAACACCAAACUAUAUUUUUGAGGUAAUCUAUGUUAAAUAAUGGCGUAUAUUAAGAUUGUACACUUCUCUCUAGCCUAUCUAAACCCGGUUCAUAGGAUAGAUUUAAACGUUUGUUAUUAAAGGAAAUAUAUGUAUUUUUGUUAAGAGGCCGUUUUUGUUAAGAUAUAACAUUUUAUGAAUGGUUGUCACAUUGUUUAAGUUUCACUUUAGUUAUUUUAAUCUAUUACUUAAAAUGUUAAUAAUAUAAAAAAUUGAAAACUAAUCGUGACACUAAUGAAAAAUAUACCAAAUUAUCUCAAAAACAAUUUACACAAUUAAAGAAACUCGGAAAUUAUCAAUGAGAGAUAUCUUCGUCCUCCGGAAUGGCAAACGGAGUGGUAUCACGGGUGUCAAUAAAGUUAUAACGUGAUUUCGGUGGUGCUGUUUGUGUAUAUGGGGGAUGAUUACCACUUAUUGUGAGGUGAUCCGCAUUCAAACAACAUAAAAAACCUAUAUUGUGUUUCCUAUAUAGCAAAAACGGCCUUUUGAAUAGUGUUUUAAUGCAACUCAGUAUCGAAACAAAAAAAGCAACGACUGACAUGUAAACGAAAGAUCAAAUUGAAGAUGAUGAAGAAAAAUUAUCGAAUAUUUAAAAUUAUAAAACAUACAUUUGUAAUUGUUUCUGUAUAUCUACUACCCAGUAGGUUGAUCGUGAGGUGUAAUAUUUUGAUGUAUUAUUACUAUUGUAUUGAUGUAAAACGAUACCUGGCUUGCAUUUCUUGGAUGUGUGCGUCCAAGUUCUUGUGUUCAUUGGUUAGAUAUAGAGUAUUAAACGAAUGUAACCUAGUUGUUAACGUGUAGUUUUCAGGAUACAAAAUUUGCUAUGUUAUUGACUACAGUAUUUGUCAGGACAGAUCACCCUAGUUCCGUGAUCGUGUGGCCACCAUAGACAACAAACCUUUGUAAUCUAUGAUAUACUAUUUGCUAUAUACAUAUAAUAUUGUCUUUUCAAGUGCGUCCUAUUUUUUAAUAUAAAUUAACGAUUUCGAAGUUUAUUAACUAAAUACGAGUUUUUGUACAAUAAAAUAUAAGUUGUUCUAAUGUUUAGAUAGUAUAUUUUUAAUUUUAUAAGACUGUUCAUGUUAUUAUAAUUUAUUACUAAACUCGAAUAUAACAUACUUAUCAUUCCACCGACCUAAGUAUUUAACGAUACCAGAUGCAUUUUAAGUAUUAUUUUCUUUCAUAAUUUUUUUAUUAAUAUAGAUCUCAAAGCUUUAACAAAAUUACAACGGACUUUUUCUACUAAUGUGUAUUGUUAAAUUCAAGUUGUAAAAUAUAACUGUCAGGAUGGGACUUCGUUAGGCCCAUCAUCAAAUUAAUUUCUUAUAAUUGUUCAUGUUGGAAUUAAUUACAAAUAUAAUUCCUUUAAGUAUUAUUGUACCUACUACUACGGUAUUCUCUUAUGUAAAUUGAGUUUUUAUUGUCAUAUUAUAUUUGCACAUUUUUCUAUACGAAUUAUAAAGAAAUACACGAAAA